GUAUGGUUGCUGGGGCAACGCAUCUUUGGAACAGUUGGUGGGAGAAGCAAAUUUAGAGGUGCCAUUGGGUUCAAGCCGACCCCACAGAAGCAAAUGGCAUUUUAGAGGUUCAUUAGGGGAGGGGCCAGUUGUUGUGUGACAUCAUGAGUGGCCCAGAGGUGGAAGAUCACAUCUCGCAGAAAUAUGACAUCAAAAAGCGACUUGGGAAGGGGGCCUAUGGAAUUGUCUGGAAAGCCAUUGAUCGCAAAUCUGGAGAAAUUGUUGCUGUGAAAAAAAUCUUUGAUGCCUUCAGGAAUCGCACAGACGCUCAGAGGACUUUUCGUGAAAUCAUGUUCCUGCAGGAGUUUGGGGAGCAUCCAAACAUCAUCAAGUUGCUGAAUGUGAUUCGAGCUCAGAAUGAUAAGGAUAUUUACCUGGUGUUUGAGCACAUGGAGACAGAUCUACAUGCUGUGAUAAAGAAGGGGAAUCUACUGAAAGACAUUCAUAUGAGAUAUAUCCUCUACCAGCUGCUCAAGGCCACCAAGUUUAUCCACUCUGGCAAUGUCAUUCACAGAGACCAAAAGCCCUCUAACAUCCUACUAGAUGGAGACUGUCUGGUGAAACUGUGUGACUUUGGCCUGGCCCGUUCCCUCUAUCAGAUCCAGGAGGAUGUGGGGAACCCGGCACUGACAGAAUAUGUUGCUACGCGCUGGUAUAGAGCUCCAGAGAUCUUGCUGGCUUCCAACAGAUAUACCAAGGGUGUGGAUAUGUGGAGUGUGGGCUGCAUUCUGGGGGAGAUGUUGCUUGGGAAACCCCUCUUUCCAGGGACAUCUACCAUCAACCAGAUUGAGAGGAUUAUGAGCAUCAUUGAGCCCCCUACACAUGAAGAUAUCGUGUCUAUAAAAUCGGAGUAUGGAGCCUCAGUAAUCAGCAGGAUGAGUUCUAAGCAUAAGGUGCCCAUGGCAGAGCUGUUUCCUGCGAGUUGCCCCAGGGAAGCCCUCGACCUACUGAGUAAACUUCUGGUCUUCAAUCCGGGGAAGAGACUCACGGCAGAAGAGGCUCUGGAACAUCCAUAUGUCAGCAGAUUCCACUCUCCGGCCCGGGAACCUGCAUUGGAUUAUGAUGUCAUCCUCCCAGUGGAUGACGACAUCCAGUUGUCUGUGGCUGAAUAUCGUAACAAACUGUAUGAGAUGAUUCUUGAGAGGAAAAUGAAUAUUCGAAGACAGAAACGUGAAUCCCUGAAGGAAAGUGUAAGCUCUUCCGCUAAUGGUGCAAAAGACAGACAGGAUACAGAUACUUCUAAGACUCCAGCACCCCCAGCGGGAACAAACCCUGCACCCCAACCCACUUCCUCCACUGUUCCCCAAAGAGCUGCUAUUGCUGCACCCAACCAACCCCCUGCACAAAAGGACAGCACCCAACAGAGCCCCAAAAUCAAAGCACCUUCUUCUAACCCCAUAACUCACAGCACAACCCACGGCAGCACGGAGGACUGGCGGACAUCACACAACAAGAAGGCAGGCCAGCAGGGGGCAGCAGGGACCACAGCACAAGAGGUCCGGAAGGAGGUGGAGUCCCGAAGCAGAACUGCUCCCAUUGGUCGAGCUCGUUCUUUCUCUCACAGCCAACAGGCUCGCGCAGCAGCAACUAACAGCGCCCUCAUACGGAAGGAUGCCCCCCCCACGGGCACAGUGAGUGUGGCUGCAGUUAGUGCCAGACUGAACCAGCGCACGGCUCCAAUACAAGGACGAGAUCCGCGUUCUGCUCCCAGAUUUGGCAGGAAGAUGUUUCAGGGGAAAACAAAUGUGGAAUCAGCCGGGGACCCCAAAGCCACUUUGCACAGUUACACACAGGCCUACGGCACCAUUAGUAAAGCCGCCUUGCAGAACCUGCCCCAACAGGGAGGCGCCUUCAAGGGGAAAUAAUGGGGGACCACACGGCCCAAAAUGCUGAGCUGGACUCCAGAGACCUUUACUCUCACCCAGGUGCCUUUCCCUCGGAGCAGCGGUACCAACGGGCCCAAAUCAGAACCUGAACUGCACCAGUAACAACCAGUGAGAACCAGUAAUGUCAGGGUGUCUGCACCGAAAUCCACAUCCUAGAGCCAAGGGACUGUCUCUGCAGAAUCUCCAGCUUCUUGCUCAUCUCUACAUUGUGCCCAUAGUCUGCACCCCCAAAUAAUAAUGACUCUGUAUAAUAAGAGCAGAGUGGGAGUCUGACGGCAGGUAGGAAUCAUUCAUUAAAGAAUAUAAAGAUUUUAUAGAAA